UAUUCGUAAAAACCAUACACCAAGCCACUUUUUGCGUCCCUCUUUCAUGUUCUUGCGCACGAAGCCCACCGGAGAGGGAGGGAGAGGGAGGAGGGUAGAAAAAAGCCCGAGCUGCCGAGACGACCCGCCUCCCCGUCCCACCUCGCUCUUUCUUAAACCCUUCUCUCUUCCGUUCUCUCCGAUCACUCUGUAAACCUCUCCUUCCCAUUCCACCCCUCCUUUUCCUAUAUAUAUAUCUAUUAAACUUCAGACCCUAAGAGAGAAAACUAUGGAGAGGCCGGCUAACACCAGGACCGCCACCGCGGCGGUGGAGCCGCCCAUCACCUACGUUCAGGCCGAUGCCCACACCUUUCGCGAUCUGGUACAGCGCCUCACCGGCGCCGCCGCCGGAGACCUCCCCGUAGCCACCGCGGCGCGGACUUCGCCGACCACCGUCGCUCCCCGACGGCAGCCUUUCAAGCUCCAGGAGGGCCGGGGCCCGAGCGUCCGCAACCUCGAGAUCCAGCUCGGCCUCACCUCUCUCCGCUCUCCCCGUUCCCCCCCGCCCCACGUCCACCACCACCUCAUCCACCAUCACCACCAUGCCUCCUCCUCCUCCUCCCCCGCCGCUGCCUCCUCGAAGUCUCCAAUCCCGAGUCCCGUAACCCCCCUUGGGUCGGACCCGCUGUUCUCGUCGGCUUCGGAGGAGGAGCGGGCGAUCGCGGAGAAGGGGUUUUAUCUCCACCCGUCACCGCGGGGCAGCGGCCGGGGAUCGGACCCGCCGGAGCUCCUCCCGCUCUUCCCGUUACGCUCCUCGAGCGAGCCAGCAGCAGUGGAGCACCAAACCAAGCACGAUGAGGAGUAGGAGAAGAAGAUCAUUGCUUCACGAGGGGUACGUUGGAAAUUUCGAAGCUAUAGAUUUUUGUCCUCUUUGGGAUUUUUGUAAGCGGAGAUGUCUUCAGAAAUCUAAAUUAGAAUCCUGGUUUUGGGAUCAUUGGAUUUGAAAUUCUAGGUGCUGUUCGAAUCAAAGCUUCCUCUCAUAUUCAUGUAGCUCUUGUUCCCGUUACUGGAUUAUAUUAGAAGUGGAAAAAUCAUAUUGAUGAAGAAAAUAGGUGAAGAUGGAGGUUCGUAUUGUGAGUGGAGUUUGGCGAAAUACAAAGACAAAGGGUUCAGUCAUUAUUAUUAUUUUUUCUUUCUCAUACUGUGUCGAGCUGAAGGGCGACACAUCUGUUAUGUGCUUGACUGCUGUUUCCCAAUAAUAUCUAAAGUUGCUUCUCCAUUAGUUCUA